AUGGCAGAUUAUUAGGAAAAUCAAAAAUCUUUCAAAGCUCCACUUACUUAGGUUGAUAAAUUCAAAAAGAAAAAUGAAAUCAAUACAGGUUUAGGCGGAAUCAAAAUGGAAAACUCUUCCAAAGAUUGCUUGCAGGUUUCAAAUUAAUUGGAAUUAACGCUGAUAGAAUAGAAAAAGGAAAAUAAGAGGCUCUUGGACGAAAUUGAAAAUAGAAAAGAUAGAUUUUAAAAGAGAGAAUAAGAAUACAGAAAGAUUAUUGAUGAUCUGAAAAAUGAAAUUAAAAAUAAAGCUGUCCCAGAAAAUGCAGAAAGCAAAAAACUGGAAGAAGCAAAAGAUUAUCAUAAAAUGAUUAUGGAUAAUAUUGACAAUAUUUAAUUAAAAACAUCCAAAAUUAUUCUCGACCAGGAAAAGGAUAUUCUACGUUUUUUCAACAAUAAAAUCACUGAAAUCAAAAAGCAGUUUGAAGAAGAAAGAAUAAAGAAAGGCAAAAAGGAUUAAGACUAUGUGGAAAAAGAAUUGAAACUCACAAGCAAAUUAGAAUGGAUUAAAAAUAUAGCUUAAAAGAUUGACAAUGAAAACCAUAAUUUAAUGAAAAAGUACAUGGACUUGAAAGCAUAAUAUUAAACAUAAGAAAAUGAUAGAGAAAUGCUUUUGAAAGAAUUAAUCAUGAAAAAAAAGAAAAAUGCUAUUUUAAAAAGUUAGCUUGAAUAAUACGAGCAGCUAUUUAAAGAAGCUACUAAAGACAUUGAUGACGAAGAAAACGAAGACAUGAGAAAAACCUCUUCGUCUUAAAAAUUUAAAUCACUUUUGAACGAUAAGAGUAAUGGCAAUCAUUUCCAAUCCAGGCAGAAUAUGGAGAAAACAGGGUAAUCAUUCAAUAUGUCUAAUUUAUAUAAGUAAGGAACUGGGUAUUAUAGCAAAGAAGAACAAAUAUAUAGAUCUGAGAAGACUCUCAAAACGUUGUAGAAUACCAUGAGAAAAGAACAAAGGAGAGCAAGAGAAUUAAAAUUAAUGUAUUUAAAGGAAAUAGAGUCUAAGAGUGAAUUGGAGGUCAUUAUUAAAAAAAAUGUAGAUAAAAUUAAAUAAGAGUAUUAGUCAAAAAAUCCUUCAAGUAAACAGCUCUUAAGCACAUUAUAGAGUAAACUUAAAAAUGAUUAGAAGGAAUCAUUUACUAAGGAGAUGAGAGAAAUCCUCAUCGAGCAACUAUUAAACGAUGAUAAAGUAUUAACCUUGGUUUACGAUAAAACAUUUUAUCCUGAUCUUAAAAACAUAUAAAUAGAUGAAAAUAAUGAUGAAUAUUAAGAAACAGAAUAAGUUUGA